AUGGUGAUUCCAAAAUCCCCAUCCUUUGAGACACCCUGCGGAUUGUUUUCUGCUGGGGAAGAAUGGGUCAGAAACAGCAGAGUGGGAAAUACUAUACUGGGAGCAGAAGCGUUUCGCAGUGAAUCUGCAAAUUAUUCACAGCAGCACAGUAAGAGAAUCAGUGGAGCCGUGGAGGGGAGACACAUCACAGUCAUCAACACUCUUCAGCUCCUCCAGCCGAAUCUCCCACACCAUCUGACAAUACAGGGAGUGAGAGAGUGUGUGUAUCUGGCUGCUCCAGGACCUCAUGUGAUUGCACUCAUACUGCAGAGUAAGGACUUCAACAAGGAGGACAGACAGAGAGUGAAAACUGUGCUGAACCUCUUCAGUGAGCAGGCCAUGAAACACACUAUAGUGCUGACUACUGAUGAAGAGACACGCGGAUCAAUAUUCACUUCUAGGAAUAAUGCCAUUCAUAAUUUAAUAAAGGAGUGUGGAGGAAGACAUUUUAGAUUUGAUACAAUAAACCCUGGACGGUGCUCUGAGAUGUUCAGAAGGAUAGAGAAGAUGCUCAAGGAAGAACACAAAGAUUAUCUCAUCUGCAACAUGCAUGAGGAUGGAGUGACGACUACUGGAAAAACAAAGCUGAACAUUGUGCUGUGUGGAAAUGAUUCAACACUCAAGAGCAUAGUGUCUAGAAUGUUUAGAGGGACAGUAAUUAAACAAAUGAGUAAACUUCUACCCCAGAAAGAGAUGAGUAGAGUGUGUCAGAAGAGAGAGGGAAUGAUUCAUGGACGACAGAUCAGUGUCCUGGAGCUUCCAGCUCUCACUCAACUCUCAGAGCAGGAAGUGAUGCAGGAGACUUACCGCUGUCUGUUUCUCUGUGAUCCUGGAGUUCAUCAUUUCAUCCUUGUUACUCCUGUCUGUCCAUUUACAAAUGAAGACAAAGCAGAAAUGGAGAAGAUUAAAAGAAUAUUUAAUUCUAAUGAGCACUUCAUGGUGCUUUUCAUUACUGAACUCACUGUUGACCAAAGUGUGAUAGAUUUUGUAGAAUCCACAGAAUCUCAGAAGGCUGUGAGUCUGUAUGGGAGUUGGUACGAUGUGAUGGGUUUAAAGGACCAGAGAAGCACACAACAGAUCUCAGACCUGUUUGAUUGUAUAGAGAGCAUGAAAACUGAACCCUAUUCUCUUCAGACAUAUAUGAGAGCUCCAGAAAAGAGAGUCAGACAUGAACUAGAGGAGAAACUGAGAAUCACUGUUGCCCCUCUAGAAGUUGCAGCUCUCACAGAGAAAAUGUCUUGGGGAUAG